AUGGCCGCCACGCAGCGCACUUCACGGCGCAGCGUCCGAUCUUCCGCUGCCACGCCAACCCGUCAGGGUCUGCGCUCACAGAUGCGCGUCACCAAGAACACCCAGUCAGUAACCUCAGCAAAGGCUGCCGCCAUCGUCAAGCGCGAGGUCAAGCGCGAGGUCAAGCGCGAGGUCAAGCGCGAGGUCAAGAGCGAAUCCCCGGAAGACCUCCUCUCCGCACCGCCGCCGCCAUCCUCCACCGCCCACGUGAAACUGCCCCCCCUCGCCACCACCGCAACAUCAUCUCGCAAGUCCAAGCAGACGCAGCACAUCACCACCACGCCGUUCCCGGACUUUGCCCGCCCGACGCCCGCGGACUGCGCCCUAGCGCACGACCUGCUCGUCUCCAUGCACGGCGCCCGCGCCCGUCCCGCGCAGGUCGUCGCCCCCCUCACCUCCGCCGGCUGCGGCGCCUCGCCCUCCGUCCUCGACGCCCUCGUCCGCACCAUCCUCUCCCAGAACACCAGCUCCGCCAACUCCACCCUCGCCAAGCUCGGCAUGGACGCCGCUUACGGCACCUCCCCCUCCCGCUGGGCCGCCAUCGCCGCGGGCGGCCCAUCCGGGCUGGAGAGCGCCAUCCGCCGCGGCGGCCUCGCCGCCACCAAGAGCAAGGUCAUUGUCCAGCUGCUGGAGGCGGUCCGCGCGCGGCACGGCGCGUACUCGCUGGACCAUUUGUUCGCCGCGAGCGACGCGGCGGCGAUGGAGGAGAUGCUCGCGUUCCCGGGGGUGGGGCCGAAGACGGCGAGCUGCGUGCUGCUGUUCUGCCUGGGGAGGCCGAGCUUCGCGGUGGACACGCACGUGUACAGGCUGACGGGCGCGCUGGGCUGGAGGCCGAGGGAGGCGACGAGGGAGCAGGCGCAGGCGCACCUGGAUGCGACGGUGCCGGACGAGCUCAAGUAUCCGCUGCACGUGCUGCUGAUUGAGCAUGGGCGGACGUGCCAUGCGUGCAGUGCGAAGGCGGGUGGUGGGAAAUCAUGCAAGCUGCGCAAGGCGUUCAAAUGA